AAUAGCCAAAUGAUAAGGAAAAUUUUGUGUCGAGUGUUGUAGUUGUAGCAAUGUCCAAUUGCAGGCUAAUUUCUCAUAAAAUCUCAUUGUUAUGAUGUAAAUCUAAAAUAAAAAAGCAAUGGCAAGCGACCUUGAGGAUAGUAUCGAGACGCUGGUAUGCCGUAUUUGUACGAUCGACUGCAGCCAGCUGCAGUACGUCUCGAUUUACGAGCGAAGCGAUGAAAAAUCGCUAGCGGAGAUGAUAGCAUUCUGCGGUCAGAUAGAGAUCAACUCCGACGAUGAUCUACCCAAAAUCAUUUGCACUGGUUGCUGGAUGCAGCUGCUAGAAUCGUACCGAUUUUGUAUGCGAUGCCGAACCGGAGACGAGAAGCUGCGCAAUGAACUCGAACCGCAGGCCGUAUCAAAGUCUCCUAUAGAUGAAUUGGUGGCGACUGCUGAUGGCCUCUUCUCUACUGACGAUACUGACGAAGGACAAGAGUUACCCAACAAAAGUGCUGACGAGCUGAUGGAGCCCUCAAUCACUGAAUCGAAAGAUCAAAACGAAAUUCUGGUUGACUUUAUGACUAGUAGAGAUGACGAAUUGUUCGAUGCGAUAAUUGAGGAGGAAAUUUUCUCUGACGAUGACAUUGUUUUUGAACAAAUUCCUGCCGAGGUCGUUGCGUUACCUAGUGAAGAUCAUUUUGUUGAAAGCGAAAGACAAGAGCCCGAAGAAAAUUAUGCCAAAGUUUUUACCGAGUUGCAAAACGUUCCAAUUGCAGAGAUGCAAGAGGUGUAUAAGCAUACGGAUCUAGAGAAAAAUUCUUCUCAUGAAGAGGUAUUCAUAGCAGAAGAAGUAAUUCAAGAAGAAUUUCCUAUUGCUAAAACUCUGUGUACGGAAUUUCUAGAGGAGGUGUCUUCUAAUUUAGAAGACGAAAACUUUUCAGAAACUGUACCAUCUAAUCCAUCAAAAUCGACUCCACAAAGAAGAAGAACACUGCAGCUACCGCCGCAGGAAAUGAUCGUUGAUCAAGAGGAUCAUGGAGAUUACGCAAUAGUCUACUACACUGGCGUAACGUGUUGUGGAUGCGAUAAGUAUUUCGCAGAUUCGGAGAAACUCGAAAAUCAUUGUCGUGAUCAACACCACUGUAAAGAUUCCCUAGAGGUAUAUGACUGUGAGCUUUGCUAUAAAACUUUCCCUAGUCUGAACCACAAAAAACGUCACCAAAGUUUGCGCUCUGUACCCAAACUGUUUUCAUGCACCCUCUGCAACUAUGUCUGUUGGGAGCAAUCUGCCAUUGAUCGUCAUAUGAAAUCCGCGUUGCUUCAUAACAAAUCGAUGCUGGAAUUCGAUAAGGUGAAGGAAGUUUUUGAUGAGGUCAAGGUCAAUGGCAAUCUGUGCUGUGAAUGCUAUCAAAUAUUUUCUAGUAACAAUCAGUUAGAGCAACAUUACGAUGAUGAACAUCGUAAAGGUAGACCAAAAUGCCCCACAAGUAAGACAAAUUGGUGUUUGAAAUGUUUCCAACUAUUCAAAAACGAGUAUAAAUAUGCAACACAUCGGCAAAAUGCAAGUGCGGAUGUUAUUUAUAGAUGUAAGCAAGAGUUUUGCAAUUACCGUACGGCAAGUUUAAUCUUUGCUAGGUUCCACUUGCGCAGCCAAGAUCAUACUGAAAUCAGAAUCUCGGGGGCUAGUCAAGAGAACCUCGAGGACAAUGGUGAACAUAGGUGCUGUUUUAGGAAAUGUUCAAAUAAAUUUGGGUCUCUGGAAGCGUUACGGAAUCACGUCGACCAGGUCCAUCAGGCAAAGCAACUGGAGAAUGAACUCCGGAGAAAGAAGUCUACAAACGUUUGCUCAAUAUGUAAUUGCAAUUUUGGAACCAGAAAAGCCCUUCGAAUUCAUCGGCAAAUGAAGCAGAAGGAUUUCGUUUGCGAUCAGUGUGGCUUGGUAAUGGGAUCAUCUUUUCAUUUGCAACAGCAUAUUGAUCUGGUGCAUCAGGAGACCAAAGUUCAACAUAAAUUUAGUUGUAAAACAUGCCAACGGUCUUUUGUGAGUGAGCAAAAUCUUCAGAGGCAUAUCUCGAAAGGACAUACCAGCGGGGGAGAACACGUUUGCAAUGUUUGUGGAAAAAAGUUCGCUGGUAAACACAAUCUGUGGACCCACUGGCGAACACACGUCAGCACGGAAAAGUUCGAGUGUGAAGUGUGUAAAAAGGCGGGAAAGAGGUACCUGUUCCGCGAUAUCAAAUCACUCAAAAGACACUGCAAAAGGGCGGAAAUGCAUGGCGGCAUUCGGAAGUACAAAUGUUCUUAUGAAAAUUGUACAAAGGCCUACGCCCACAGACCGGAUCUGCAGCGUCAUGAAUCAACGGCGCACAAGGGAAUUCGACCGUUUGUAUGCACUACGUGUAACAAGGGUUUUAUUCGGGACAGAGAUUUGCGGUUGCACGCGCGUACACACACCGGAACCAAGCUGUACAGCUGUGAGUCUUGCGAUGCCAGCUUUGACAUUUACCAGGAGUACAAAGAACAUUGCAAGGAUGAACACGGGCUCUCGAUAUUAAUUAAACACAUUCCAAAAACUAGUGAGUAAUUGUGUGAUAAUGUCGUAAUGUUUGAUCUCUUUAGUUAGGUAUUUAUUAUUGUUUUUUUUUUUAAUGCCACAAAGAUAUUAGGUCUAACAAGUUAGCUAAUUUAUUUAUUCAUUUUUUUAAAUUAAAUUCUCAUUUCCAUUGUUUUAAUUUCAAAUAAAGUGCAAACACUGCAAUCUCACCAAAUUAAAAUAAUUUUAAAUGUUGUGCAAGCGUUCUAAUCUCAACAAAUUAAAACAAAUAUAGCGUGAAUAAAUGUUUGAAAGAAAUUAAUAAAUAUGAUAUUUCUUCGAAAUUUCCUCAUAUUAAUGUUUCAUCUUCCUUUCAAUUUUGACCAUUUUCGAAUAAAACUUAUGCGAGAACAAUCACCCAACACUAUUCGCUUCGUUUUAUGUUUCGUGUAGGUACCGUCUUUUAUUCAGCUUCAAAUUCGUUAAAUGAUAAUUCGUCCUUUGCAGCAUUUCAAUUUUUUAGUAAUGAUUA